AUGGCCCUCUGUAAGGGUGGGAGGCUGGGGUGCCCUGGAGUCCCAGCACAGCCUCUCCUGACCACUCUGGGGUCUUUCUUCUGUCUGUCCCCAGCCUCUGGCCGCUCCCACCCGGCCAGCCCCAGCCCUCCGGGGCCGCAGGCCAGCCCGGUGCUGCCGAUCAGCUACCGCCUGUCCCACACGCGGCUGGCCUUCUUCCUGCGGGAGGCGCGGCGCACGCCUCCCACGGUCACCAACGGCUCCCUGCAGCGCUCCGAGCCCUUCGUGGUGUUCCAGACCAAGGAGCUGCCCGUCCUCAAUGUCUCCCUGGGACCCUUCAGCACCAGCCAGGUGGUGGCCCGGGAGCUCCUGCAGCCGUCCAGCACCCUGGACAUCCCCGAGCGCCUGACGGUCAGCUGGAAGGUGCGAGCCUUCAUCGUCCACCCCCGCGUGCCUGCCUCGCAGCCCGUGGCCCAGGUGCUGUUCUACGUGGCCGGCCGGGACUGGGAUGACUUUGGCGUCACCGAGAGGCUGCCCUGCGUCCGCCUGCACGCCUUCCGGGAUGCCCGGGAGGUCAAGAGCUCCUGCCGCCUCAGCGGGGGUCUGGCCACCUGUCUCGUGCGGGCCGAGCUGCCCCUGGCUUGGUUCGGGCCCCCAGCCCAGGCCGCACCACCCACUGCCCGACGCAAGUCUCCAGAUGGGCUGGAGCCCGAGGCCACAGGGGAGAGUCAGCAAGCCGAGCUCUACUACACUCUCCAUGCCCCGGAUGCAUCGGGAGGCUGUGGAGGAGCACGGCGGGGUGCCGGGCCCGGGGGCGGGGCCCGGGCCGAGAGCCCGACCCAGCACCCCCUGCUGCGCAUCGGGAGCAUCAGCCUGUUCCGCCCGCCCCCCAGAAGGACCCUGCAGGAGCACAGGCUGGACAGCAACCUGAUGAUCCGCCUGCCUGACCGGCCCCUCAAGCCUGGGGAAGUGCUCAGCAUCCUCCUCUACCUGGCCCCCAACUCCUCCUCUCCCUCCGGUCCCAGCGUGGAGCACUUCACUCUCAGGGUGAAGGCCAAGAAGGGCGUGACCCUUCUAGGAACUAAAUCACGGAGUGGCCAGUGGCACGUGACCUCGGAGCUGCUGACUGGGGCAAAGCAUUCAACAGCCACCGUGGAUGUGUCCUGGGCCCAGGGCACACCGCUGCCCCUCUGGGAGGACCGGGGGCCCCUGGAGAUCCUGCAGCUGGACUUUGAGAUGGAGAACUUCACCAGCCAGUCAGUCAAGCGGAGGAUCAUGUGGCACAUCGACUACCGCGGCCACGGUGCCCUGCCUGACCUGGAGCGGGCUGUCACCGAGCUGACGGUCAUCCAGCGGGAUGUGCAGGCCAUCCUGCCCCUGGCCAUGGACACAGAGAUCAUCAACACAGCCAUCCUGACUGGCCGGACAGUGGCCAUCCCUGUCAAGGUCAUUGCCAUCGAGGUGACCGGCCUUGUCCUAGAUGUCUCUGCCCUGGUGGAAUGCGAAUCUGACAAUGAGGACAUCAUCAAGGUAUCCAGCAGCUGUGACUACGUGUUUGUUAGCGGAAAGGAGUCUCGCGGUUCCAUGAACGCCAGGGUCACCUUCCGCUACGACGUCCUCAAUGCCCCCCUGGAAAUGACAGUUUGGGUGCCCAAGCUGCCCCUGCACAUUGAGCUCUCAGAUGCCCGCCUCAGCCAAGUGAAGGGCUGGAGGGUACCUAUCCUUCCUGACCGGAGAUCAGCCCGGGAGAGCGAGGACGAGGACGAGGACGAGGAGGAGCAGCGACGGCAGAGCGCGAGCCGUGGCUGCACCCUGCAGUACCAGCACGCCACCCUGCAGGUUUUCACCCAGUUCCACACGACGUCGUCGGAGGGCACCGACCAGGUGGUCACCAUGCUGGGCCCAGACUGGCUGGUGGAGGUCACCGACCUGGUCAGCGACUUCAUGCGGGUGGGUGACCCCCGAGUGGCACGCAUGGUAGACAGCAACACACUGGCCGGGCUGGAGCCAGGCACCACCCCGUUCAAGGUGGUUUCCCCCCUGACGGAGUCCGUGCUCGGGGAGACACUGCUGACAGUGACAGAGGAGAAGGUCAGCAUCACACAGCUGCAGGCCCAGGUGGUGGCCAGCCUCGCCCUCUCCCUGCGGCCCAGCCCCGGGAGCAGCCACACCAUCGUGGCCACCACGGCGGCCCAGCAGACCCUCAGCUUCCUCAAGCAGGAAGCCCUCCUGAGCCUCUGGCUCUCCUACAGCGACGGUACCACGGCCCCACUCUCCCUCUACAGCCCCCGGGACUAUGGGCUGCUGGUGAGCAGUCUGGACGAGCGCGUGGCCACAGUGACCCAGGACCGGGCCUUCCCACUGGUGGUGGCCGAGGCUGAGGGGGCCGGGGAGCUGCUCCGCGCGGAGCUCACCAUCGCCGAGAGCUGCCAGAAAACCAAGCGCAAGAGUGUGCUGGCCACGACCCCUGUAGGCCUGCGGGUGCACUUUGGGCGGGAAGAGGGGGACCCCUACGACUACCCCGGCCCCAGCCAGCCAGGGCCCGGCGGGGGCGAGGACGAGGCCCAGGGAGCUGGCCCGCCGGGCACUGCCAGAUCCCCACCCGAGGCCGUGGGCCCGGGCACCGCCAGCCCGGCCGUGCCACCCACAGAAGAUUUCCUGCCACUGCCCACCGGCUUCCUGCAGAUGCCGAGGGGGCUGACGGACCUGGAGAUAGGCAUGUACGCGCUGCUGGGCGUCUUCUGCCUCGCCAUCCUGGUCUUCCUCAUCAACUGCAUUGUCUUUGUGCUGCGCUACCGGCACAAGCGCAUCCCGCCCGAGGGCCAGACCAGCAUGGACCACUCUCACCACUGGGUGUUCCUGGGCAAUGGGCAGCCACUGCGGGGGCAGGGGGAGCUGUCGCCACCCGCCAGCAACCCGCUGGAGGCCGUGCCCGCCUGCUGCCACGGCGACCACCACAGCAGCGGCAGCUCGCAGAGCAGCGUCCAGAGCCAGGUGCACGGGCGGGGUGACGGCUCCUCGGGCGGCUCGGCCCGGGACCAGGCCGAAGACCCCGCCAGCUCUCCCACCUCCAAGCGCAAGCGGGUCAAGUUCACCACCUUCACGGCGCUGCCCUCGGAGGGGCUGGCCUACGACUCGGUGCCUGCCGGCGAGGAGGACGAGGAGGACGAAGAGGACCUGGGAUGGGGCUGCCCAGAGGCGGCGGGCACCGCGCGGCCCACCCCACCCCCUGACCUGCACAAGUACAUGCGCAGAGUCAAAGAGAUGGCAUAG